AUGGCAAUUGUCGCGGUGGGACAGCUCUGUUCCAAAGUCUCCAUGGCUCACAACCUUCGACUGGUGAAAGACCUUGUUGACCAGGCUUCGGCCGCAGGAGCAAAGGCUUUGUUUCUUCCCGAGGCGACUGAUUAUAUCGCUUCCUCUACCGAGGAGUCCCUUGCGUUGGCAAGGUCCGUCGAUGAUAGCAUAUUCGUCCAAGGCGUACAAGCUGCCAGUAUGGAAGCAGAUAUUGCCAUCAAUGUUGGUAUUCAUGAGCUAGGUGACUCAGGGAAGAAAGUGAAGAAUACGUCUAUCUGGAUAGAGCAGGGGCAGAUUAUGCAACGAUACCAAAAAAUCCACUUGUUCGACGUCGAUAUUGCAGGAGGUCCCGUCCUAAAGGAGAGUAAUAGCGUCGAGAAAGGCAUGAGUAUUCUUCCUCCGUUUGAAACCGCCGUCGGCCGAGUUGGUUUGACAAUAUGCUUUGAUCUGAGGUUCCCUGAAAUCGGAAUAGCGCUUCACCGUCAAAACGCACAUAUUAUCACUUACCCUUCUGCAUUUACAGUGCCCACAGGAAAGGCACACUGGGGGAUACUCCUCCGGGCAAGAGCAAUAGAGACACAAUCCUAUGUAAUUGCUGCGGCGCAGGUGGGGCAGCACAAUGAGAAACGCACGAGCUAUGGGCAUUCAAUGAUUGUCGACCCUUGGGGCAAAAUCGUGGCAGAACUCACUGGAGAUGGCGAUAAGCCGGAAAUAGCUAUUGCAGAUAUCGAUUUAGACCUUGUUAGCAAGGUCAGAAGAGAGGUGCCUCUUCUCAGAAGGACGAGCGGGUAG